UGAACUUUUUUCAGGCGCGAUCGAAAUUGGUGGCAGUACUAGUAUCUAUCGCAUUAGACGUCAGAAACCAAGCCAUUGCGUGCGGUGUGAGAAGCCUUUUUGCGGAAACCUACUCGCGGUCGCCGCUUUUGGCAGAAACGACAUACCUGGUUCCAGGCCCGACUGGUUUCCUAAAGCGAGAAGUGCGCUGCGUCCACCAUCUCUCUAAUUCGUCGUCGUGUAUUCCUCGCCACCUCCGGCCCAGUAGUGGGCCAGUAGCCAAAUAUCGGGUCGCGUUGUUCUGAUUUCGAAAUCACGCGCGGAGCGACCUGUCGGCGACAGACCAAGAAGUGACCCGAGCUGCGGCCGCAGCAUCUGCCCCGCCGCCGGUUACCCAACACCCCGUCCCCCGCCCGAGUCAGCGGCAGCCAUGCGGUUAUCGGAGAUGCGGUUUGUGUACGGGCAGCUGGGGCACUUGAUGGCGGGCAUGAUCCUGGUGGCCAUGGGGCUGUGCGUCGCGCUCGUCUCCAUGCUCGACAUCAUCGUCGCCGCGCUCUGCCCCACCGACCAGUGCCCCGAGGCGCUCAUGCUCUCCGCCGGCCGCGCCACGGUGGGCGGCAUCGCCAACAUCAUUGUGGCGCCCAUAUUCGGCGGGCUCUCAGAUAAAUUUGGCCGCAAGCCCUUCCUGCUGCUCGGCAUUGCCGGCAUCACCAUUCCCUACGCCAUCCUCGCUACCAGCUCCAGUCGCCUGGCCGUGUACCUGUUCUUUGCAGCGGAGACGGCAGGAUCGGCCAUGGGGGGCUCGGCGUGGCUCAAUCUCAUCUAUGCCUACGUGGCGGACGUGACACCCGAGUCCAACAGGGCAGCGGCGUUUGGAGCCAUCUCUGGCACCACGGCGUUUGGCUUCCUCGCUGGCCCCCUUGUCGCUCGCUUCGUGCCGCCUGCUUUCACCUUCCAUGUGGCCACGCUCCUGUGUUUGUGCGGAUGGACCUACAUCCUGUGCAUGGUGCCUGAGUCCGUCCCGUCCCACCGCCUCCUGCGCAAGGCAGCAUCGCUGGCAGACGAGGAGCACGGCACCACGCCUGCUGCUGCUGCUGCUGCUGUCGCUGCUGUUGAUGGCGCUAGUGCAGCAGCGGGCGAUCAACACGGGGGAGGGGUAGGCGAUGGCCGUGGGGGUAAAGUGGGGGAGAGGACUUGGCUGCUGGAAGGAUGUGCAAAUGGUGAGGGCAGGGGGGAUAAGGGCGGGGGAGGAGGAGGAGAAGGGGGAGGAGGGAAAGCAGGCAGCAGUGAGGGAGGAGAGGUGGGAGGUGGGGGAGAGGGUGGUGGGCGCGCAGGGGCUCGGGGCGUGGGCCCCAUGGGGGGAGGCAAGGCGGUGGCGCUGAUGCGCAACAGAUCGACACUGCGGGAGGCCAUCCACGUCAUGUCGUCCAGUCCUCUCGUGUCCGUGCUGCUGCUCGUGGCCUUCCUGCACGCCUUCGCUGACAACGGCCAGACGUCCAACAUGUUUUACGUGUUCAAGGCCAAGUUCCACUGGAACAAGGACGACUUCUCCCUCUACACGGCUGGCAUCGGCCUCUUUGCCGUGCUCUCCCAGCUUGUGCUGCUGCCGCUGCUGCUGCAGGUGCUCUCCCUGCGCUCGCUGCUCAUCCUCGCCAUCUCAGUCAACAGCUUCCACAUGGUCCUGUACGGGCUCGCCUGGAAGCCAUGGGUGGUGUACCUUGCACUCUCAAUGAGCCUCAUCUCCACGCUCACUCAAACAUCGAUCGGGAGCAUGGUGUCGCACCUUGCAAGCCCCAGUGAGCAGGGCAAGCUGCAGGGAGUGGUGUCUGGGGUCUCCUCCCUCUCUGCCGUGCUCGCACCUCUCACCAUCAACCCCAUCACUGCGUACUUCAUGUCUGACUCGGCGCCCAUCCAUCAGCCCGGAGCCGGCAUCAUCGUUGCAGGCAUUGUCGAGGCGGUGGCAUGUGUCCUCGUGCUGGCACUGCCGCCUGUUGCUGCCAAGCCGGGAGUGAGAGCACUGACAGACCAAGAUGCAGGCUCACCAGCACAAGGAAGCCAAGAUGAUGGUGCUGCGUCUGCAGGCGAUGGUUAUGGCAGGGGGGUUGGCGUAGAUGCAUCUGGAUCUGGCUCAUGUGGUCGAAGCAAGGGCCAGCGCACGGUCACAUUUGAACAUGGCUUUAGCAGCAGCAGCAAUGGUGGAGACAGCAGAGGCAGCAACAGCAGUGGUGCCAGGGAUGGUGGUAGCAGCAGCAGCAGCAGCGGCAACAACAACGUCACAUCCACAGCUGGGCGAGGCAUUGAUGGGAGCAGAGAGGGGCAUGGCGGCGACAGCUCGAUCACCACACCGCUCCUUACAUAGCAUGUGGAUAUCAGGAUCAUCCUGUCCUGCACUCCACACCCUAUGUAACCAACAUCUGAGGUGCCUUAGAAUCAUCCCUCCUCAUGCACGUUGGUGUGGCGAGGGCGAAGCCUUCCUUCGCACGUGUCUACUACCCCACCUGUAUAUUGUGGGCAUUACCUCCCAGCACCAAUAAAACCUGUGCACAGCAUGACACUUACCGGUACGAGCUUUUGGAGAAUUUGUGUGUAAAAAAAGCGGCGCAAAUUU